AUGAGCUUGAAUAAUGUUUAUUGCGUAGUCGAGGAGGCUAUGGAUAAGUUAAUUGAAUAUUUACAUGAAAAUAAACAUAUAUGUUAAGAUUACAAUGGACAACAGGAGUUCAGGAACAAAUUUAAGUUGAUGAUAGAAGAUAGCAAGAAUCUCUAAAGUGAAUAAACUGAGGAUGACAUGAGUGAACUAGAUUUCUACUUGUAGAAUCCUAUUGAUAGAAAGAGACAUGGAUCUUUUAGAGUAUUCAACCCAUUGGUGUUUUUGGCAAAGGAAAUAAGAAAGCAUUAAUAAAUUUGA